UGUGCCGGACUGCCGAGCCGCCGGUGUUGGGGUGCUGGAGGGAGCCGGGGCUUGCAGUGCGCUGUGCCGCUCUCCGGGGCGAGGGGAGCAGCCGAAGUGUCGUGGGGUUGCCCUUCCUGCGAGCGGGCGACUUGCAGUUUCCCUUGGAAACCUCUCGUGUGAGGUCUGGCUGCAAGGGAGUUCAGCGCAGUUCUGUCAAAAUACUUCUGCUACCUGUGUUGUAAAGAAGGAAGAAAAAAACCCGAAGCAACUAACUUUCUCUUCCGUGUAGGUAGAGGGUUGUUCAAAUAACUAAAUCAGUUGUGAUUUGUAGUUAAAGUGCCAAGUGUAUUGGAGAAAUGUAUUCAGUCUUUAUUCGUUUUUAUUCUGCCCUGAUCUAUUUUUUUUCCCUCUUCCUGUAUUUUGUGGGUACUAAAGCCGAUAUUCAUUUCAUCGCAACAUAAAACCCAAUUUUUCUACGGUGAGACCAGUCAUUCGCUGGAACAACCUCCUCGUAGACGUGGUAGAUCCUCAUCACUGGAGGUUUUCAUGACACAAGUGGGCAGGGUGCUAGAUAAUCUCUUCUGGGCUCCUUUUCCAAUGAGAGGUUGAAAGAGAUGGUCUUUUGAAGUCCCUUCCAACCUGGUCUGUCUUAAGAUUCUGAUUCUUCCCAUUAGCAUGUAAUAAUGUGCUUUCAAAGGUUAUUUUUACUUAAAACAGAGGGUUGACAAGAAGGCAGAACUGGAGGGUGGAGAAGUAUUUCUAUUUAACUUACUUGGAAGGGGAGAGUAUGUAAAUGGUUAGUUCUGCUUGAAUAGAGUAGGUGGUAGAAGCAUAAGGUGAUACUGAAUUAUCUUUCUGUAAAGAAAGUGGUGAAACUAAAUGUUACGGUUCUUUGGGGUUUAAGUUGUGGUUUGUAGAAGUUUUUUAAGAAGCUAAGUAACAUCUUAAAAGCAUUUUGGAAUAACCCAAUGUAUUCGGCAUAGUGAAACUAAUUUAAGAUCUAAAAAAUAGAGUUUCCCAUUGCAGGUGAAAAAAUCACUAACAAAGCAUCUAAAAAACCUUCAACACCAAUAGGUCUUUGGAAAUAUUAAAGGAUACUGUCAGGAUAUGUAUUUUUUUUCUGUGUUUGCGUAGUUACUCUAUUUUUCUAGUUUAUGUUUCAGUUCUUUGUACAAUCACCGCUUCAAAACAGUAUGUGACGCACUCUGUAAGCACUGUUUACUAUCUGAUACAGUAAUAAUGGUGUCACUUGUGUAGCCUUUUUCAAAAGUACUGAAUUGAGUAGGCAGAUUGGCUUCAUACCAUCUCUGAACUAGUAAGUUUCAUAGUUCAGUGUAGCAUUUUGGUGACUUAGAAGUUCGGAUCUACAGGUAGUACCACAUGUUUGCAUGAUCUUAGGUGUGGUCUUUUAACUCAUGUACUUAAUAUUUCUAAUAUGGGACAUGAUACUAUAUAAAUGGUGCUGUGUAGUGCUUCCACACAUGACUAGACUUGUGUCCAGUUGUCAUAGUAUUUCUGCGUUGUGUCUGCAGGACUUUUGGUUUCUUUAACUGCUGGAGAGCAUGCUUUGGCUUUCUGCCCUUGGAUCUGAUACAACUGAAAGAUCAUCAUCCAUCCUUAAAUACUGUCUGAAUGAUACAGCUGUGAACUAUUUUAUGACUACUUUUGUCAUUUUAAAUUGAAAAAGUAGGUUACUAUGUGAAGACCGAAAGCACCUUUAAUUCAUACAAACUCUUAUCAUUAGUGUGGAGGGACCUGAAAGUUCCCAGUGUAUUUAGAUAUAGAUUUGCAACCUGAUUGCAUGGUAAGGCCCUUUAGAACCGAAAUAUGUAGAAAACACAUGUUUGAGUGUGAGGACAAGGUCUAAGCUUGUUCUAAGUAACUGUUGUUGAGGUCCAUAAUCUGGAAUUCCUGGUGCUAAUGGAGUAUUACUUGGCUGUCUUCUCAAAUAACUGUGUUAAAGGAGUAAUUUAUAGUCUGUGUGUGGCUGAAUGAGAUGUGAUGACUUACUGAUAAAAACGCAAGAAAGAGAUGAGUUUCAUAUUGUUGAAAAUGCUUGGGUUUGGUUUUCUUUGCUUUUCUGGGGUGAGGGCUAGUUCUGUAGGAGAAUCCAUUCAUAUGUCAUCUGCUGAUUCUAAUUGAUGCUUCUGUCAUUGGCGUAAAUCACAGGAAAUAAUAUUUGGAGUGAGAUGUGAUCUGUCACAGAAGUGUCUCUGUGAAGUGCCUAUAAUGGGCAGAGUCAGACCCCACUUUGAGGGAUUUUGAGGGUCAAAAGCUGUGCCUCACCUCUUAGCAUAAUAUGAACCACUCUUAGUAUUAGUGUGUUACCUCCUGUUCCUCCUGUGUGGAAUACCUAUAGCCAUGAGUAUUUCUGUAACAACGACUGCUUUUGAAUGACUUUAAAUCUUAGAAGGGCAUCAGUACGAUCAGAUCAAGUUACAGUUGUCUACUGCCUGCCACUUUCUUCAGAGACCACCAAGGUUUUCAAUUUAUGUGCUGUACCUGUAUAUAGAUUUGCAUAUCUUAAACUGGUAAGAACUCAUGCUACUGCUAAAAGAAGCUGUUGUGGCCAUUUAACUACUAGUUGACAUAAACAUUUUAUGUGGUGUGAAAUAAACAAGAUGCUGAUCUGAAUUAAAACUAAGGCAAGUCCUUGUGCUCUUCCUUUUUCUCUGGCUUGGUGGGACAGAGUUUUGGCAGCUGUGCCGUACUAAUAUUUAUGCAGGUUUAAAGCCUGUAUCUUCGCUAUAUUCAUGCUUGCUAGAUUCUGAGUGGAAGUCAAUUUAGCAAACAGUUAUGGUACUGUAGUGGCCUUGGAAGACUGUGCUAUCUUCUAGCAAAGAGAAGAACUUCUCUCACUAAUAAGAGAAUUGGAGAUGCUAUUUCCAGGUGUGUGCAUCUAGUCGUGAUUUUAUUCUGUUGUGCAAAAAUCAGACUUUUCUCAUAGAAAGCAAACUAAAAUUAUUUCAAUCUGUAUACUCAGUGAUUGCCCUAACAAGGGACUACUUUAUUGUUGUUUCCAUUGUGCAACAACAUUUCCUGUGAGCCCUGUGCUCCAUGAGUCUUUUGCUCUCCUGCUUUUGUGCUUAAUGUAAAUUAGAACAAUCUCUUAUGCUCAAUAACGUGUAAUGUGGUAUUCAGUCACCUGUUACAGUGCUUUGACCACGUUAACCCCACACAAGUAUUUUGACAUACUGCAUGUUGACUUCCAAAUUCCUAAUACUGCAGUGCUUCCUUAAAUCCAGCAGACCUGUGUACAAAUACACUGAGGAUUGUAUGAAGGUCUUUGUACUACAGAGGAUCAUCAUGCAUUAGGGUUCAGGUUUAAGGCAUUUGAAAGUCCUGUUUCCUUCUCAGUAAGAAACAGGUUCCUUGAAUUUGAUAUAAUUGUCAGGUUCCUUGUACUUGAAGCUCUGACGUUUAAGCUUUGUGAAUGUGAACUGAGCAACAGGUAAACAGUCAUGCUAGUUGGGAUAUUUUCUUCUGAAAUGUCUCUUAGUUGACAGAGUUUGGUACUGAGUUUUUAUGGGGACUUCUGAGGUGCCAUUUCAUAGUUUUUUUUAUGUGUCUUUACAGGAACUGACAACAGCUUUGGAAAAGAAUCCAGAUGAUGCUGAAUAUUAUUGUCAACGAGCUUAUGCUCAUAUUCUUCUACAGAAAUAUGCUGAUGCAGUUGCAGAUGCAAAGAGGUCCCUAGAACUCAACCCCAAUAAUGCUGUUGCACUUCUUAGAAAAGGGUUAGGUGAAUAUCAUAUGAAAAACUAUGCAUCUGCUUUAGAGUCUUUCAGAGACGGACAGAGGUUGGACAAUGUAGAUGAUACCUUUACUAUUUGGAUUAAGAGAUGUGAAGAAACACUAAAUGCAUCACAGACAGAAGUGCAGCAACCUCUGCCACCAAAGAUCAAAUAUGACUGGUACCAAACAGAAUCUCAAGUAAUUGUGACUAUAAUGAUCAAGAAUGCGCAGAAGGAUGAUGUCAGUGUGCAGUUCUCGGACAAAGAGAUGAAUGCAUCAGUGAAACUUCCAUCAGGCGAAGACUACAACUUAAAGCUUGUUCUUCUUCAUUCUGUAGUGCCAGAGCAAAGUACGUUUAAAGUGCUUUCAACAAAGGUUGAGAUAAAAAUGAAGAAGCCAGAAGCCGUAAGAUGGGAGAAGCUGGAGGGCCAGGGAGAUUCUCCUAAGUUAAAGCAAUUUACACCAGAUACCCAGCACUUAUAUCCGUCAUCCUCUCACUAUACAAGGAACUGGGACAAACUGGUAGUUGAAAUCAAAGAAGAGGAGAAGAAUGAGAAGUUAGAAGGAGAUGCUGCUUUAAAUAAACUCUUCCAGCAAAUUUAUUCAGAUGGUACAGAUGAAGUGAAACGUGCCAUGAACAAAUCAUUUAUGGAGUCUGGAGGCACAGUUCUGAGCACCAACUGGUCUGAUGUUGGUAAAAGGAAGGUAGAAGUAAAUCCUCCUGAUGACAUGGAAUGGAAAAAGUUCUAAUCAAAUUUUUAAUCUUUUAUCAUCUGUGUGUUGCCAUAGUCAUGUACUGACCACUGUGUAUGGACAUACCAUUCUUGGAUUCAAAGCACUGAAUGUUCCAUUGGAAACAGGAAUUGUCUUUACAUUUUGCGUGCUUUAGAAAUUCCUUCAUUCGCAGAUGUUAAAGAUAUACUCAAGAGUGGAACCCUAUUUUCAUCAUCUGUGUAAUUUUUGGAAAUUGAGUCAAUCAGUCUAAAUUUCCUACCACCUUUAUCAGCUCUGCUCUUUGGGGAUAGGUUGAUCUCUAAUGACUGGUCAGGAUUAUUGCCUUACACCCAGUAUUACUGUUCAGUAACUUAUUAGAUAUUGGCAACUUUGGUUAAAAACACUUUUUAACAACAGUGUUAAAUUGUUUGCUCUUUAAAUCUGCUAAAUAAAACUGUAAAUAUAACUUUUU